CGAUGACGUCGCUGGCGCUCCUGCUGGCCGCGCUGGCCGUGGUGCGGGCCGACCCAGCCCCCGCGCCCGCACCCGCGCCAGCUCCCGCGCCCAAACCCGCGGCGCAGCUGGAGUUCGACCCCAACUUCGUGGACCUGGGCAACCUGCCCGGCAGACAGACGACGGCCCGCCCUCCCGGGGAUGGCUUCCAAAACAGACAGUUCGACGUGGGCGGCCGUUCCCAGUUCGACGGCCAGAGGCCGAUCGACGGCCUGGGCCAGAGACCGAUUGACGGCCUCAGCCAGAGGCCAUUCGACGGCGUCAGCCAGCGGCCCUUCGACGCUGGCCUCAACCGGCAGUACGACGCACGCCAGCAGCCGUUCGGCGAUAUCAACCAGCAGCCCUUCGACGCGGCAGGACGGUCCAACGGCGGCCGGCCGCCGUACGACAUUGCGAGCGGCGGCCGCUACCCACCUCUCAACGGCGACGCCAACUUCCGCGGCGCGGGCGGCCGGAGCUACGACGGGCCGCGGGUGCCGCAGACCCUGUUCGGCGACGUUGGCCAGGACCAGAUCAACGGGCCGUCGCCGUCGCUGCCGGGCGCCCCUCGGCCGGCGUCGUCCUACCCGGGCGACCGCGAUCGCGACCGCUACAACGGCCCCGGCCUCAACGGCGACGCGCCGCUGCUGCGGCCCCUCGGCCUCGACGGCGGCCCCGGCGGCUUUGGCUCCACCGGCCCCGACGGCGCGCCCCUGCGGCCCCUGCCGCCGCCCAACUUCAUCCCGGAGGGCGAGCUCCGCGAGCUGCUCGGCCGCGUCGACUCGCUCACGUCGCAGCAGUGCACGCACACCGUGGCCGCGCAGUGGGCCUUCGAGACCAACGUCAACGGCGUGACCCAGGUGUCCGCGCUGGAGGCUCAGCUCCAGAACUCGGAGCUGCAGCGCGCCGUGCGCGAAACCCUCAACCAGGUGGACCUCAACCUCGUCGAGAACCCGGACCUGGCCCGCCAGAUUCGCCUCCUGUCCGUCAUCGGGCCGGCGGCCCUCCCGCCAGACCAGCUGGACAGAUACAACGGGCUCAUCAACUCCAUGCUGGCCGUGUACAACAGCGCGACCAUCUGCGCUCACCGGGAGCCGCUCCGCUGCGGGCUGCGCCUCGACCCCGACCUGACCCUCAUCAUGGCACGCUCCCGCGACUGGGACGAGCUGCAGUACGUGUGGCUGGAGUGGCGUCGGCGCUCGGGCUUCAAGAUCCGCGACCUCUUCGACCAGCUCGUGGACCUGAGCAACGUGGCCGCCAAGCACAACAACCUGACGUCGUUCGCCGACUACUGGAUGUUCCCGUACGAGACGCCCGACUUCCGCCUGCAGCUGGAGACGGCCUGGGAGGAGGUGCGACCCCUGUACGAGCAGCUGCACGCCUACGUCCGCAGGAAGCUGAGGGACUUCUACGGCCCGGACAAGAUCUCGCGCCAGGCGCCGCUGCCGGCGCACAUCCUCGGUAACAUGUGGGCGCAGUCGUGGAGCAACAUCCUGGACAUCACCAUCCCUUACCCGGGCAAGAACUUCCUCGACGUGGGGCCGCAGAUGGCUGCGCAGGGCUACACCCCGGCCGCCAUGUUCCGCCUGGCCGAGGAGUUCUACACGUCCAUGAACAUGUCCGCCAUGCCGGCCGAGUUCUGGAGCCACUCGGUCCUGGAGGAGCCCCCGGCGAGGGUCGUCGUCUGCCAGCCGUCGGCCUGGGACUUCUGCAACAGGAAGGACUUCAGGAUCAAGAUGUGCACGCACGUCAACAUGAACGACCUCGUGACGGCCCACCACGAGAUGGCCCACAUCCAGUACUUCAUGGAGUACAAGAACCUGCCGAAGAUCUACCGCGAUGGAGCGAACCCAGGGCUGCACGAGGCCGUGGGCGAGGCCAUCUCCCUGUCGGUGGCCACCCCGCGCCACCUGCAGGCGCUGGGGCUGGUGCAGACGGCCGUGGACGACCUGCCCCACAACAUCAACUUCCUGUUCGCCCUCGCCCUGGACAAGCUGCCCUUCCUGCCCUUCAGCCUGGCCCUGGACAAGUGGCGCUGGGACGUGUUCCAGAAGCGCAAGACCAAGGACCAGUACAACUGCCACUACUGGUUCCUGAGAGAGCGGUAUUCUGGCAUCAAGCCCCCGUUCCUGCGGUCCGAGUUCGACUUCGACCCUGGCGCGAAAUUCCACGUCCCGGCCAACAUACCCUACAUCAAGUACUUCGUGGCGACCAUCCUGCAGUUCCAGAUCCACAAGGCCAUGUGCCGCGCCGCCGGCCAGUACGACCCGGACAACGACGAGCUGCAGCUGCACAAGUGCGACAUCUACCGCUCCAAGGAGGCCGGCAAGAUCCUCAAGAGGCUGAUGGAGCAAGGGUCCAGCGCGACCUGGGGCGAGGCCCUGUACGCCGCCACCGGUGAGAGCCGCCUCAACGGGUCCGCGCUGCGCGAGUACUUCCGCCCGCUCGAGGAGUGGCUGCAGAACGAGAACCUUAGGACGGCCGAGUUUGCGGGGUGGACCUACGACGGCGACUACUGCAAGCGCAGCAUCGAGACGGCGGGGCUGGAGGUGUACGGCGGCUUCUACAACGCGGCCCCCGGCGCGCUCCAGGCUGGCGCCGCGCACGGGCUCCUGCUCCUCGUCACCGUCUCGCUGGCCCUCUCGCACCUCAGGCUGCCGCGGUGAGGGUGCCUCUCGCCCUCCCUCCCCGUCCGUCCCGCGCGGACGGGGUUGUACCUUCUGUGCCAACAUUAUUUUGUAAUAUGAUGUCGAGUGCGCGAGUCACACUCGUUAUCGCUGCUCCCUCUGUCGUCUUCGAGGAAACACAUCCGGGUGGAGCACCCGCCAACGACUUUUUUUUCGGAUCCCGUCCCUAGGGAUGUGUUCGUUAAAUACACAUGCUCACAGUAUCGGAGAUAACAAAUGUCACACCUAAUUUAAAUGCUGCCUGCCGGUAAAAAGACAAAAUGCAAGGAGCAGUCCAUAGACAUAGGCUAAUCAUGAUCAAGAGAAUUUGCUGCUCCAUGGAUAAGCAAAUUUCUCUGUACAAACCACUUGUUCAGAGUUGAAGAUGCCUUAGUGAUUAGACUGAAUACUAGUUUGUGUGGAGUGUGUGAUGAACAUACAGGACAUGAAGUAUGGAAAAGAUUCUCUUUACACUCAGGAAUCUUGUCAUACAUAGAUCUUGUAAUUUUAAUUUAUGUAUAUAGUUCGUGUCAGUGAUAACCAACCAAUUUGUACCUAAGUCAGUAAUAAAUAAAAAUUUAGACCUUAAUUAA